AUGGAAAUACCAAACUAUGACAGUGAUUGCGAUAAUGAUAAAAAAUUUAAACAACUUUACCCAUACAUGCCAAAGGAUACCUUUCGAAUGUUGAUUUGUGGAAACAGUGGAAGCGGAAAAACUAACCUGCUUUAUCACAUGUUGAUAAAACCGCUGAUACAUUACGAUGAAAUAUAUCUUUACGCAAAAAAUCUUGAACGGGAGAAAAAUCAAAAAUUAAUAAGUAAAAUGAAAGAAAUAAGUCAAAAAAUUGGAUAUGACAUUCUUAACGUGAGUAAUGACAAGAUAACUCCAGUUGAUGAUAUGGAUUAUGAGGAUAAUCAAAAACUCGUUAUAUUUGACGACUGUGUUUGUGAAAAAAAUCAGAGACAGCUCAUUGAUUAUUUCAUUCAAGGGCGACAUAAAAAUUGUUCG